GGCAUUACUUAAAAAGGUCACAGAUUAAUAAAUUACUUAAUCUGUGAUAAGGUCAAUUGAAAAUUCGAACCCCCACACUUAUCAGUCCAAAGGAAGUUUUUAAACGUUAAAACUCGAGAGAAAGAAGAGGUUGGAUGUUUGAAAGUUUGGUAUUGAUCACUGGAAUACAAUAAACGAUAUGCCUAUAUCUCAGUUAGCAGGAAGCGAUGUAUCAAGCGAUACUGCGAGAUCCAAAACAUUUGUUUUCAAUAAUGAAGGACAUACACUUGGCAAUGCCUUACGUAGCAUCAUAUCUACUUAUCCAGAUGUGCAGUUAUGUUGUUACACACUUCCACAUCCAGCUGAAGCUACAAUGAAUUUCAGGAUACAAAUGACGAAAGGAAAAGCUGUUGACGCUCUCAAACGUGGACUUGAAGAUUUAGCUAAAUUAUGUGAUGUAACGUUGGAAAAAUUUGAUGAGGAACUCAGGAGUUCUAAGUAAUUGUUUUAAUUUUCGUUAAUAAAAAGUUUGUAGUACGUA